AAUAUGUUUAACUUGUUUAACUCAGAUUUAAAUCUUCGGUAUUUUGGCGCCAACAUCUGAGUUUAAUUCUUGUGUUUUCAGCAGUUUGUCAGUAAAACAAGAUGGCGGCCAGCAGCGGAGCUAACGGCUGAUCUCAGACCAGCCUGAGCUCGGCUGCUGGUGACGUCACAGCAGGUCCCCGCUGACCCAGGGUCGGUUUGGCGCGCUUUGAGAAGGCCCGCCCACAGGAAGGUUAAACCUACGGCUUCCAGCUCCGGAGCAGCCGCCAUCUUUGAAGCUCAGAAAACACUAAAAUAAGACUUUUAUUAAUCUUUCUCGCCACGCGAACACCUGCACACGUUACCUUUACGUCAGGAGACGUGACGUCGCGUGCCGAACAGGCAGGAAACCACGAGAGAAAAAAGGUAAAAAAGCGCGAAUGCCACUAACAGUCUGCAUGCUAACGGCUAACAGCUAGCUGCUAAACACCCGCGUCAAGUUAAACACAAUGACGGCAUUGCUUCCUGUCUGGACUUUCAACAUAAAAUACCAUAAGACCAGAUAUUCCCUUAUUAGUCCCACAAAGGGGAAAUUACAUUAUUACAUCAGCAAAGUGACAAUAAAUAUAGAAGAGCAUCAAUAAGAGUAAAUAAGUAGGAACAACAAUAACAAUAAUAGUAGAAAUAUAUAAUAAACUAUAAUAAUUGUGACAUUAUUGAUGGUAGAAUAAAGCUUAUAACCAGCUGCAUCAGUCAGAAGCUUUAAUCUCUAAAUUAAAUGAGCGGAGCGUCUUUUAUAAACACGUGAAUUCUUCCUUCCCUGGUAUUAUGUUGUGUUUACGUCCAAAUGAUGAAUCCAAACAAACUGAAACAUUAAAAAAAAAACACAAAGCUGAAAUGAUGGACAACGAAUCAGCUGUUUUACAUUUCUAUGAUUUAAUAAACAACUAGAUCAGGAUACAAAGAAUGAAACACAGAUAUAGUUUGACUAUAAGUACAAAUCCUACAUUAUACUGGGUUCAUUCAGUCAAUACUUUGGGUUUCAGGUAAUAAUCAGCCGUAGUUAGUUAGUUAGUAUAUUUAACAUUAAGAUGAUUACAUGUGAAUCUGUUUCCUCUCAGAAUGAAUCCUUCAGCUUUGUUUAAUUAGGAUUCUGAUGUUUUAUCAUUUGAUUCAGUUUAAAUGUGUGUAAUGUGAUGACUGUGUGUGACUCCUUUAACCUGAAACAUUCAUGUUUAACUUCCACAUGUUAAAUCAAACUGGAGAAAUAAAAGCAACGUUUAGUUUUCUGCUCGUUACUAAAAACGUUGCAGCUAAUUAUAAAAUCUAUUGCAUCGACCUUUUCUGAUUUAAAAUAUGAAAACCUAAAUGUAUUAUUAAUUAGUUUAUGUCGAACAGGUUAGAUUAAGGAAACAUUACUAGGCAGCGGUUUAUAACUAAAUACAAAUUACAGUAAAUGUUUUUAAGGCUACAACAAUAGAAUAAAUAUCCAAUGUUUAAACGUUUAUAUGAUGAAGCAACGAGCGUUUCUAGUCUAAACCUUUUUAGUUUGUCUUUUUUAAACUAUCCGUCACUUCCUGGCUGAAGAUUAGUUUUAGAGAAAUCAUCUGAACUCAGUCAGGUUUAUUAUAGUUACAUAAAACUACAACUAGCAGUUAAAAAACUAAAGUUAACUAAACUACUUCAUCACUUGUUAAACUCACUAAAACUAAACUGAAAAACUAAAUAAAGGACAUAAUAAUGGACAUUUAUAAACUAUAAUUACUGACAGGAUCAGACUAAUAACUGAUCAGAUUAUUGUUAAAUAAUUAUUUUACUUCUUAAACUUUAUAUUGAAUCAGAUGUAACGUUCCACGCUCUUAUUGUGAAGGCUGCACCCACAACAUCCGGGCCCGUCGCUACUCGGUAACUUUCCACCGUAAACAACCGGAGGAGACACGCUGCAGCUGCUCUAACGAUGUUUACCGGGCAGACACGUUAGCCCCGCACGGACCGGGCAGUACUCACCGCACACAGACCCGCAGCGCCCCGCACAGACCAGCAGCACACGGACCGGAGCACGCACAGCCGUUUGCGUGAUUAGCCGUUAGCUUGCUAACUACCAGAGCGCGCGCCCCGGUUGGAUCCUCACGAGCCUGAACGGUAAAAAGCUCCGGUGGAAUAUAAACGCCAUUUUCUGUCUUCACGCGCUCACCGGACACACAGAACACCGACAGCACCGGAGCAGCUCGAGGAAGAGCUCACUGAGCGCGCGCCUGCAGAAACAAGAUGUCGUUGGUGGACCUCGGGAAGCGUCUGCUGGAGGCGGCUCGUAAAGGUCAAGACGAUGAAGUCAGAAACCUGAUGGCCAACGGAGCGCCGUUCACCACCGACUGGCUGGGCACGUCUCCGCUGCACCUCGCCGCUCAGCACGGUCAUUACUCGACCGCCGACGUCCUGCUGCGAGCCGGCGUCAGCAGAGACGCUCGCACCAAGGUGGACCGCACGCCGCUGCACAUGGCGGCUGCUGAGGGCCACGCGGUGAUCGUAGAGCUGCUCGUCAGGAGCGGCGCCGACAUCAACGCCAAAGACAUGCUGAAGAUGACGGCGCUGCACUGGGCGGCGCAGCACGGACAUCACAGCGUCGCUGAGACGCUCAUCAAACACGGAGCCGACGUUCACUCGCUCAGCAAGUUCGAUAAAACACCGUUCGACAUCGCCGUCGACAUCCAGAACACGGAGCUGAUGCUGCUGCUGCAGGAGGGAAUGCAGAACCAGGUGAACAUGAACCAAUUUUACUGUUAGUUUUUUUACUUCUGUCUCGUUUGGGAUCCCAAAUCGAACUGUUCUGCAGCUGGUUCAGUGUGUUUAUUUCCGUUAGUCUCCGUCGGACGGUUUGGGAUCCCUGCAGCUUCCUGUUCAGCUUCCUGCUUCCUGUUCAGCUUCCUGCUUCCUGUACAGCUUCCACCAUUUUGCUUCCCCAGUGAGUGACCAUACAGAUGCAGUAAAGCGACUUUUUUCUUUCUUUUUGUUGUUGUUGUUGUUUUUGGACACUACAAUAAUUCACUAAACUGCUUUUUUCCUCUUUUUUUUUUACGAUGUUUAUUUGUUUUUAGUUUUUUUGGACGAGCUGAUGAAGGAAUUAUAAACUGUGAUAAUUCCUGUACAGAAUUAUUUUGCUUCCCUCAACUAUAGAAAAAAUUUCAUCAUGAAAUUUUAAAAAACGUUAAAUCCAUUUAAUUAUGAUUUAAAACGUCAUCAGCUGCUCGUGAAGCUGCUGGAUCCAACAGGGCCGAAGAUCAUUAUUAUUAUUAUUAUUAUUAUUAUUAUUAUUAUUAUCACUUAUUCAUUCUUUGUUUUAGUCAAUAAAAAACCAGCAGAUCUUCAUACAUUUAUCAGCAGUUAUUAAUUAAUUGAUUUAUUCUAACAGCUCUGAGACUUUUUCUUUAUCCUUUCUGUUAAUCGUUAAACAUCUGCAGCUGUUUUUAUCUCGUUAGCUUCUCGCUUUAACUCUUUACGUGCUGCUCAGAGUCAGAUCUCACCUAAAACGUUUCCUAAUGUGACUCACAGCUAAAUAAUAAAAUGUAAAAAUAAAAGUUAAAUCAUCAGAAUUUAAACAUGUUGUAUUUUCAUCAUAUUCUGUAAAAUGUAAAUGUCUUUUUUACACCAGAUUAAUUAAAACAUUUAUUAUUGACUGAUUAUGAGUCAGAAUAUUAACAUUUAAAGGGUUAAACGUUUUACAUCCUUUAUUUUCUUUCCUGUGAAACUUUAAAUCAUCUUUUUAGUUUCAGCAGUUUAUGAUUAUUAACUUUAAGAAGAUUUUUCUGAUCCAGUUUUUUACAAAUUUGAGCAGAAACUCGUUUUUCCUGAAAUCGGAGCGUCUUUGAAAGCACCACGAAGAGGCGUUCAAAGACGGUCGGUUAUUUUCUCACAUUGAGACGCUGCAUCUCGUCCUUCAUCUCAUUUAUUAUUUAACAUUAAAACAUUAAGAUGCAACUUUUUUACACUCGAGACAGAAACAACGUGUUUUCAUAGAAGCCUUAACGUGAAUAAAACCAAAAAAACAUUUUCCAGAGUUUUAAAGUCUUUAAAUCAAAGAUGCGUUUAAAAUCAAUACGUUUACCUUCAUGGCCUUAAAAUCUAUAAGAUGAGAAAAUAUUUUAUCCUCAAAAUAAAAAAGUCAAACAGGAGCAAAUGUUUGUGUUUGAUAUGAUUAGUUUAAUUCUGCAGGCUGAUUUUUCACUGAAAUCAAUAAACUGAAAUCAAUAAACUGAAAUCAAUAAGUUGAUCAGCAGCAGAUUAAAGUUCAGUUUUCUUUUCUUUGUUUUUGUAUUAACUUUAAAUGUUUCGUGGUGUUUCCGCCCUGUUCGGUCCCUCAGUGGAACAGCAGUUAUUGAUUAUUGAUUAUUGAUUGAUUGCCUGUCAGCUGAUAUUUUGUGCCCCCCCCCCCCCCCCCCCGAUCAUAUGAGUUGAGUAUGAUAGUUAUUUUUUAUAAGCUCAGCGAAGCCAACCUUUUUCUAUGUACAUAUAAAGUUGUAUUUUUUUAACUGUACCGGACUGCUUCACCGUGAUGAUGAUGAUGAUGAUGAUGAUGAUGAUGGCUGCCUGCAUUGGUAAUAUUAAAUAUAAACACUUGUUUUUUUUG